UGUUACGAAUUGUAAGAAUGUUGUGUAGUAUUGUCCCAUAAACUUCACCAAUGAAUCACCUCAUAAAAUCCACCUCCAUCCUUCCCAGAUUAGCAAAACCCCACCAUAAAUUACCACCAUUUUCAUCAAACAAACCAAAACCAAUAUCAAAUAAUCAUCAAAUUGCCCAUAAACUCACUCAAAUCACACAAUUUUCAACCACAAAAUCCAACCCUACUAACACAAAUUCUUCCAACGACGCGCCAGAACCAAUUGACGCUGGCUCAUCAUUUCGAAAACCGGUGAGUUUGUGGCCGGGGGUGUACCAUUCCCCUGUCACAAACGCAUUGUGGGAAGCUAGAUCAAAGUUUUUCGAAAAAGGCGCAUUCGAGGUUGGUGAAGAUAGAAUUUUGCAAAAUGGGUUGGUUUCAAAAACCCCAUCUCAAAGUAGAACUAGUGUUGAGUAUAAAUUUGCGUCGGAUUAUGUGUUGAGAGAGCAGUAUAGAAAUCCAUGGAAUGAAAUUAGGAUGGGCAAAUUGUUGGAGGAUCUUGAUGCUCUUGCUGGUACUAUUUCUUAUAAGCACUGCUCCAACUCUGACGGAGUGACAAGGCCCCUACUUUUGGUGACUGCUUCUGUAGAUAAGAUUCUUCUCAAAAAGCCAAUUCAGGUUGAUGCCGAUCUGAGUCUAGUGGGUGCUGUUACAUGGGUUGGGAGGUCAUCCAUGGAGAUGCAGCUUGAAGUAUUGCAACCUUCACAAGAUGCUUCCCAGAUAUCAAAUUCACUGGCUCUUGUAGCAAAUUUCACAUUUGUUGCGCGGGAUGGUGCGACUGGAAAAUCAUCUCCAAUUAAUCAAAUUUUGCCAGCAACAACACAAGAAAAAAUGUUGUGGGAACAAGCAGAAGCAAGGAACAAGAUGCGGAAAAUGAAGAGGGCGGAACAGAAAAAUGAAAUAAACAACAAAGACGUGAACGGAAUUGAUAAGCUGCUGGCUGAAGGACGGGUAUUUGUUGAUCUGCCAGCUUUAGCUGAUAGAGACAGCAUUCUUAUAAGAGAUACUUGCCUACAGAGCUCCAUGAUCUGUCAGCCACAGCAACGAAACAUUCAUGGUCGUAUCUUUGGUGGGUAUCUAAUGCGCAAAGCAUCUGAGCUUGCUUUUUCAACAGCUUAUACCUUUGCUGGAGCCUCACCUCGUUUUGUAGAAGUUGAUCAUGUUGAUUUUGUGAAACCGGUGGAUGUUGGUAACUUCCUUCGUAUGAAAUCAUGUGUACUUUACACGGAGCUUCAGGACCCAGCUCGGCCACUUAUCAAUGUGGAAGUUGUUGCUCAUGUUACGCGUCCUGAGCUUAGAACCAGUGAGGUUUCGAAUAAGUUCUACUUCACCUACACUGUCUGCCCAGAGGCCACGGCAAAUGGGCUGAAAAUACGAAGUGUUUUUCCUGCGACAGAGGAGGAAGCAAGGCGGGUGAUUGAGCGUAUGGACGAAGAACGCCCACACGACAAUUAUUAGCUAGAUGGAAAACUCUUCUGCUUUUGCUGACUAUGAGUUAAAACAGCUGGUAAUCGAUACUACUGACUUAGAGGCUAGUGCAACGGGUCAUCUGGUUUGAUAAAUGGGAACAACAUACAAAACAUUAUAAAGUACGUACUCCGUAGUUUGUUUGUGAUAGUACAUAUACUGUCUGAAACACUCCAUAGAUUCUUUCUCCUCAAUGUCAGAGAGGACAGUGAUUGAAAUUAUGAAAGCAACCUCAUAUUCAAGACUUACACAAUUCCAAUUUCAGUUCAAUGUAUGUACGAAUUUAAUAAAAAUACAACACAUGAAUUUCAACAAGAUCCACUUUGUUCCAA